GAAUGACCAGGGCUCGCUCUUAGCGGGGAAGGAAGAAUCGGAGCAUAUUGCAGCCUUUUUAAGAGGAGUGUACCACAGCCGAGACAUUACGCAGCUCCCACCGGCUUCUGGCAUAAAUGGAGUUCACUUCUCCUCUGAAGAUCUGAAAUCAGCUCUAGCGAAGAUCAGCCCGAGCAAAGCGUUGCCAGCCGGAUUCGCACCAGCCCGUCUCUGGAAACUGGCAACAAAUCAGGUUGUGUCUGCCCUCCUACCAGCCGUGAAUCUGAGUGCCUCGGCUUUACAUGAGGACUGGCAUAAAGUUCAGCUUCACCUUAUUCCCAAAGUCCCCAUCGUUCGAGAGCCCAAAAACCUACGGCCAAUCGCUCUACUGCAUCCGGGAAACAAGAUCCUAGCAAUCAUGCUAGCACACAAAGUGGAGCCCAAAAUAGAGAGCUAUCUGCGGGAGGUGCCGCAAUGGGCUUAUCUCAAGGGCCGCUCAACGGCAGAUGCACUUGAGUCAGUAUGCUCACACUUCCUUCAGGUGAGGGAACUCAUUGCAACCGGAUCCCCCUCCUUGCCUCAAAGGUUUCUAGGUGGCCAGCCGCAUAGGCUAGUUGGAGGUUUGUCGAUCAGCCUAGACAUCAAAAAGGCCUUUGAUAGCCUGCCCCAUAAUUUCCUCUACGACGCAAUGACCGAAGCUGAGUUUGACCAACUGGAAAUCAACUUAGUGAUGCAUCUGCAUGAACGUGCUUGCCUGCAGGUGGGCAGAUCCACUGAAUCGGCAGACGUCUAUUUAGGAACGGGAGUCCGCCAGGGAUGCUCACUCUCCCCAUUGCUUUGGGCUUUGAUUACGGGGAAAGUGUACCGAAUGUUUCAGGCAGAGUUGAAAAUUCAGUCUCUUCCGGAGGGCCUUACCAACAUCUUCGCUGAUGACUUUUUCGGCAGCUGGGCGGUCCAGGACUCUCUAGGCUUUGCAAGAGCAAUUAGAGCCGUAGGAGUGCUGGUCACUACCCUUCAAACAGCUGGACUCCAGCUCAGCAUGGAGAAGACAGUCAUCCUGCUGGCAUUAGGGGGCACCAGCGCGCCUUCGGUCCUUGCAAAGCACAGAAAAUACAUCGAGGAUGUGCCCCACCUAGUCAUACCGGUAGGUUCUGCAGAGCAUCACUUACAGGACCUAGACGAAGAUAGAAGAGCCUAUGCGCCAAGGGAGCUGAGGCGCCAGGUCCAGGCACAUGUGGAGGAUGCCUCCAUGCAGAUUGCACUGCCCGCUGAAUUGCAGGGAGCGGAUCCGCAAACGAGGAUGGACCUGGAGGGAGUUUCACGCGACGAGCUCAUGGAAGCGGCAGCGGAAUUACAGCACAUUCAAACCAUGGCUCUUCAGGGUCAGCACUUCUUUGGGCCAGCUCUGGGUCCGUCGACCGCCAUGCCAGCUCUCACUCCGACGUCUACCAUGGAGGUUCAAACCCCUCCGAGACACUCAGGGACUCAGCAGCAACCCCGCCCCAGCCAGUUCCCCUCGAUGCCCAAGUACCUCAAAACCAACGGCAAGGGCACGGACCAGGGCAAGGGUCAACAACACGAGACCUCAUCGGAGAGCCAGCAGCAGACCCAACGAGGACGCACCAGGCCACAGUUUCAGGGUCAACCGAGCAAUGCGCAAACAAGCCGCUCAGGCAACCCACGCUCCAGACCUUCUGGAAACGACAGCCUGGUGGAGCACAUGGCCCAGUUGCUCAUCCGGCACGACAACUUUUGGAACGGGAUGCAGAUGUCCACCGGGUGGAUCAUGUUUCUAGGCACAGCUCCGCCACUUACAACACUGCCACUCCUUCAUCAGAUUGGCACCGAAUGGCAUCGCAUGAAGGCCGAGGAGCCAGCAAGCCUACAGCAGCCAAUGAGGGUCAUCUUGUACCAAACAUGGGCCAACGAGAUGCGCAAGCGGGUUCACGAACUGCAAACAGAUCAGGACAAGAUGCAGGAGGCUGUCCGCAGGGAAAUCCUGACCGACACGGGCCACUUCAAGUUUGUUCAGUGGAACAAGGAGGCACAAGCCCUACGCGAGGUACCCAGCAUCGCUCCGUUGAGUAUACAGGAGGUUCUCUCCCUCCUGGACGAGUCCAUAGUGCUCAGCAUUGUGGACGGAGUUCUCAUCAAUUUUCACCCAACCAGGACACUAGCAGAACACAUGACAGGCCCGACAGUUACGUUCAGUCUAACAGUGGGCCUUCGGGAGCCGAAGGCGUUCCGCUUCUGGUCAAUCAUGGAAUCCCUUUCGGGGAAUGCGUCGCUCCAGCUGGUGGCGACUACCCUUCGCAGGGAACGUCGCCAGCGAUCGGCCCUAGCACAGACCAUCGCGCAGGAGCUGAGACGUCGGCAACUCUUCAGCAUAUCUGCAGACUUGCUUUGA